UGACACAAUCAUCAUCAUCGUCGUCAUCAUCUCUUACGCUUUCCAUAAUCCAGACACCCAUUCUAGAUAUUGAUAUGAGAUCCAUGGGUGAAUCGGAGAUGUCAGGUUCGCCACCGAUCCAGAAUUCACGCCAUGUUCAUAUGAACUACGCUCUCCUUUCUGCACUUGUUGCCUUCGCUCUCGCCCAGUCUAUUAAGGUCUUCACCACCUGGUAUAGGGAAAAGCGUUGGGAUCUUAAGCAACUUGUGGGAUCAGGCGGCAUGCCAUCAUCACAUUCCGCUACUGUGACUGCUCUUGCCGUUGCUGUUGGUUUACAAGAUGGUGCUGCUGGUUCUACAUUUGCCACUGCCCUGAUAUUAGCUUGUGUCGUAAUGUAUGAUGCAACUGGGGUACGAUUGCAUGCUGGACGCCAAGCAGAGGUUCUGAAUCAAAUCGUUUACGAACUUCCUGCUGAACACCCCUUGGCUCAAAGCAGACCACUACGUGAACUUCUUGGCCACACGCCUCCUCAAGUGGUGGCUGGUGGGUUGUUGGGCUGCGUUACAGCAGUAGUUGUUCACUUGAUCUCAUGGGCUCUUGCUUGACCUAUGCUGGUUAUGGUUCUCUAUGAUAAGGCUCAUAGAUGCAUCCAUCACAAUAGAUUCUAUAGCAUUUCAGCCACCAUAGUAAUUAUUAGACAAACAUUUUGCUUCAUUCUUCAAUUUUAUAAAUAACCGUAAAAGCUCGAUCAAUUUGACAAAAUUUAUUUCGAAUUUGAUUAAAAAACAACGCAUCCGGUUAUCUAUCAUAUGUCAAAAUG